CUCCCCCCCCUCCGCGAUGUAAACAAAACGUCGGACGAAAUUUCUGGAGAGAUUUUCUUUAAACGAAACUAAUAGAAAUAAUAUAAAGAAAAGAAAGAAGAAAGAAGAAAGAAAAUAGAUCCAGGGGAUAUAGACUAGACAAUAGUCUAAAACCCUAUAAAAGAAGAAACAAGAAGAAGAAGAAGAAGAAGAGAUUUUCUUUCUUUUCUCUCUCUCUCUCUGUCUCUCUCUCUCUCUCGAGGGGGAGGUUUUUUAGGGUGUUUUAUUGGAGUUUUAUUUGGAGUUUUUUUUGUGUGUUUUGUGGGAGAUAUUGAGAGAGAUGCUGCGUCAGGUGGUGGGUUCUGCGGCGAGGCUUGCUUCUCAGAGACGGAGGUUGGGAGUCCAGUUACUUCAGCCAAGAUGUUACCAGUCCACUAGCAUUGAUGAGGACAAGACAACAGCUACUAUUUUAAACCAGGAGACAGAUUCUGGCCUUAUGGUAGAUGCAUACAGCCAGGAUGGAUUCAGACUGAAUAAUGGGAUGAAAGUAUUGGGCCCCAUUGCUAUAUUCCCUAGAUCCAUUCUUAGUUGGAAGGUGAAAUCUGCAGAGGAUAUCAAUGAAGAUUCACUGUCUCUCUUUCACAUGUUGGUACCUAAAAUUGAUCUUUUAGUGAUUGGUGUAGGAGACAAAGGCAAUAAAGUUGAUCCUCGUGUUGUGCACUACAUGAAGAAUAAAGGCAUUACAUUAGAGAUAUUACCAACUGAAACUGCCUGUACAACAUUUAAUUUCCUGAAUCAAGAGAGGCGAUAUGUAGCUGGCGCUUUCCUUCCCCCAAUUUCUCUACGGGUAACUGACGAGGACUUGGUUCAGUCGCAGAGGAGAAGAAACAAGCUGUUUUUGUCCCAAGACGAAGAUUCAGUGUUUUAGUCAAUGCUAUUUUGGUUAUAUGUUAGAAUGUUGAAUAUGGUGUUUAGAGGGUUGAAAAUACUUUUUUUUUCCAUGUAGAGGCCUUUAUUAAAGCACUCUGAACUUACUGUUGUUGUUGUCUAAGUACUGAAGAGUUAUUUUACGGUCAUAGGUCUUGAAAUUUGUAGAUAUUGACAUGAAAAAUAUUUAUGAAAAUUUAAGGUAUGUAUAUCUGUAACUAAUGUAAAUAAAUGCAGCCUUUUUUA